AUGGCUGCUUCAUCCUCACCUCUCCAUGUAGUAAUCUUCCCAUUCAUGGCUCAAGGCCACACUCUUCCAUUGCUAGACAUAUCCAAGGCAUUAUCAUUCCGUGGCCUCAAAGUAACCAUCAUCACCACCCCAUUAAACGCACCGUUCAUCCACUCCAAAGUCUCAGACCGCAUCUCAUCAAUCUCAGUCUCAGUCAUCCCAUUUCGAAUUGUUCCAGACUUGCCACAAGGCUGUGAAAACACUGCUAAUCUUCCUUCGGUGUGGCUAGACAUAUUAGCUUCAUUCAUCACAGCCACCAAAAACAUGAAGCAGCAUUUUGAAGCUCUUCUUAAGGAGAUGGUCGAAACUGGUUCCCGCCCAAUUUGUGUAAUCUCUGACUUCUUCCUCUCUUGGACUCUCGACACAUGUCGCUCUUUUAACAUUCCUAGGGUUGUGUGUCAUGGAAUGGGGGUGUUACCCAUGUUUUCCGACCCAUGCAAAACGUCGUCUGAGUUUGACGUUAUAGAGUUACCGAGUUUGACACUUCCAUUCACAUUGAACGGGUCAGACCUGCCCGUUUGUGACCCUGAUGACCUGUUUAUCCGGGUCAUAUUAGAGGUUGAGGAAGCAGACAAGAAUAGCUGGGGUGUGAUUGUGAAAAGCUUUCAAGAGCUUGAAGGUGAGUAUGUGACUGCAUUGGAAGGUUUGUACCACAAAGAGGCCAAGGCAUGGUGCGUGGGGCCGGUUUUGCUCUAUGAUUAUAUUCAAGAGCAAUCUGGAGCGUCCGAUGGUAAGAGUCAAUUUUGCGGUCCAUACAUCGAGUGGCUGGAUAAGCAAGAGGGAUCUAGUGUGGUGAUCUACGUGUCGUUUGGUACGCAAGUGAGAUUGUCCAAGGAACAGAUGGACGAGAUUGCUUAUGGACUAGAGAUGGUGGGGUAA